AUGGCACCAAGCGCGACAGCCUCGCUAGAAGAUGGCUACGGCGGACUAAUCCCCAACGACCCGACCACCGAUGCUGAUCAGCAGAACAAUGCGAACACGCGUGGAGAACCCAAUAACCCCAGUGAGGACGAUGUGCCCAUCCUGGAGCAGCUGGCAGGAACGAGAAAGCGACUGCGAAUUGCUAUUCUGGGCGCUGGCUUGUCUGGUCUCAAUUUCAUGAAACGUGCUGAGGAGCGACUCAAGAAUAUUGAGAUCGUCUGUUAUGAGAAGAACGAUGAUGUUGGCGGGACCUGGUAUGAGAACAGGUAUCCGGGCUGUGCCUGCGAUAUACCCAGCGUCGUCUACCAGUUCCCGUGGCGGCAAAAGCCUUGGACACGCUACUACUCUACAGCUCCCGAAAUCUGGGCCUACAUAAAAGAAGUAGAGCAAGAGAAUAAGUUUAUCGAAAAGUAUAUCAAACUACAGCAUCGCACGCAAGCCAUAUCCUGGUCUGACGACACAGCUCAAUGGAUGAUCUCACUCCAGGACCUCCGAACAGGCCGCGAGUUCACCGACCAUGCCGACCUCCUCCUCGACGGUACCGGCGUCCUCAAUAAGUGGAAAUGGCCCACAAUCCCGGGCCUGCACUCUUUCAAAGGCCAACUCCUGCAUUCCGCUCAAUGGAACCAGAACGUGUCCCUCGAGGGCAAACGAGUCGCCCUGAUCGGCGCAGGCUCUUCUGCAGUUCAGAUCCUCCCCAACAUCUAUCCUUCCGCCUCCAAGAUCUACCACUGGAUCCGCAACAAGAUCUGGAUCACCGCCGGCUUCGCGCAAUCCUUUGCUGGUCCCAACGGUGCAAACUUUGAGUACAAUGAAGAGCAGUUGGAGCUUUUCAGGAAAGAUCCGGAUAGCUAUCUGACGUACUGCAAGAUGAUCGAGGGAGAAUUAAAUCAGCGUUUCAGCUUUAUUGUGAACGGCAGUCCUGCGCAGAAGGAGGCGAGGAAGUUCAGUGAAGGGGAGAUGCGGGAGCUACUCAAGAACAGGCCGGAUCUGGUGAAGAACAUCAUGCCGACGGACUUCUUCGUCGGAUGUCGUAGACCAACGCCGGGUAAUGGGUAUCUGGAGGCAUUACAGGGUGAGAAGACCCAGGUGUUUGGAAACCAGCUAGGCUUCGACACGACAUACAAGCCAAAGGUACCCUUCUCGGUCAAUGGUGUUGACAUGCAGGAGAAGUGGAGGGAUUACCCUCACGCACCGAGUUAUUUGAGUCUAGCGCUGGCAGAUGUGCCGAACUACUUCCAAUUUGCAGGGGCGUACUGUCCGGCUGCACACGGGAGUUUCUUCCCACUGAUUGAGGGGUACAGCAGUUAUUUCAUCAAAGUCGUUGAGAAAAUGCAGGUGGAGGGCAUACGCUGCGUCCAGCCGAAGGGAAAGGUCGUGGAUGCUUUCUUGCGACACGCUGACACAUUUCUGAAGCGCACCGCAUGGACAGGGCCGUGCUCAUCUUGGUUCAAGGGAGGUGACCCAAACGCAACACCCGCGAUAUACCCUGGCUCGCGAUUGAACUUCCUUCGCUUGCUCGAGAACCCGCGUUGGGAGGACUACGAGAUCGAAUAUGAUGUGCCGGAGAAUAUGUUCGCGGCGAUCUUUGGAAAUGGCUUUCAUGUCUGUGAGAGGGAUGGCAGCGACAUAACUUGGUAUAUGGGACAGCCGGGCAAAGAGGUGGACAAAGACUGGCUGAAGGAUCCUCUCCCUCCUUCCCAAUGGAUCAGGGAACAUCACCCAUCAUACGUUCCGAAGCCUCGCGCUCCCAUCGCCCGGCCGAAACUGAUCCCCUGGAGACUCCUCUACUACCGCUCCCGCUAUCGUAUCGAACGCGGCUUACCGAUCACACCCUGGAUUCCCACGGUUGAUGAACCGGUACCACCGAACUAUGUGGUCGAUCCUAUACCACCUGAGUACGUGGAAUACUUCCUAGCGGAUUACGAGGAUCCUUCAUCACUAUCAUCUGGAUCCGGUUACGCCUUAUCAUCUCGAUCUGGCUCCACCUACGAUUCAUUCGAUAGUUCUCUUCCUCAAUAUUCAUCGGAACUACAACAGCUCAUUGAUGCUGUCCGACAAAGGAAUCCGGAACGAUUCGCCGAACUCAUGCGAGACGAUCCGGAACCGGAAGUCAGUCAAUCACCUUCCGGUCCGAUGUUCAACUUCCGAUCGAAACACGAGGAAUACCCUACUCAAUCAUCUGGCUCGGUGUCUACACCGUGUCCAGUUGAUUCUCCUUCAUCAGAUGGAUCUCGAUCCCCAGAUCCAGAUGAUUCCUACAUUCGAUACCAGAACUUCAUUCGGCAAAUGAUCGCCACGCUCAAGGCAGCGGUCACCGAGGGACAAGAACAAGAACAAGAACAGGAAGUAGAGGCUCGAAACACCCAGAUUUCACUCUCUCCGUCUUCCGAUACUUGGUCCUCCCGAUCUGGUUCCGAUAACUCGGUGGAUUCCAACUUCUACGACGAAAUUGAACACAUCGAGGAAAAUUGGGAAUCUUUUUGCGACGACAGCAUCGAAGAAGCCGACAAUACAUUCAUCUCUGAGGGUCCACUAGCUGAUUCAUCGGAUGACGCCUUUAUUGAAGAGGACGAUUCCUUCGAAUAUCCACAGCGAUCCAUCCCAAAUCAGAGUUACCGGCAACUACCUUCUCAAAUGCUCGUCACCCCUACUUCAACAACCCCCUGCAUCUUCUGCAGGGUAUGGACCUCUGUCUCCUCUUGGGUCAAGUCCUGGUUCUAG